AAUUAAGUAAUUGUUGAAACUCUUCGAUAUAAUGUACCGAGUAUACCGGAAGCAUCUUUAAUAACAAUAGAAUUAGAAAUGAAUGGGUUCGUGGGGGAUAUGGAGCAUUGCACGUGACUCUAUCAACGCGUCACGGGCGCGACACGAACUACAUGAAUGGAGCAUAAUUGCCGCGCUCCGCCUAUAGUGUCUCUAGGAGCACUUCCUCGCAACUCGAAAAUUUCGCUUCACACGGGUUACGUCGUUGUUAGUAUCAGUUCCUCUGGCGGUUUUAUGAUAUUUCCGCCAUGCCUGAAGCUGUCGCAAUGCCCCAAAAGCGGGUUCUGGGCGAUGCGUCGAAUAAUCCGCAGAAAAUGGUAAAAUCCCCAGACGCGAGCAAGAAACGGAAACUCGAUAGUGCACCUUCUGCUAGAGUCAAUGCCCCUGUCAAAAAUAGCCAACGGAAAGUGCCCGGCUCGAGUCAACUUCAGAAGAGCCAAUUCGAGGAGGAGGUACUCGAGAAAUUGACACAGGACAUCAACGGAUUGAAGGACAGCAAUUCGGAGAAGGACCAACAAUGGGAGCGACCACCACUCGGAGAGUUUGACCCGACGAAGGAGAAUGUGUGCUUCCAACAGAUUGAUGCAGAAGAGGGAACACUUAUGGGUGGGAAACCAGCCGUUAGAUUGUUUGGAGUCACGGAGGCUGGCCAGUCCGUCCUCCUUCAUGUCACAGGUUUUCAACACUACCUAUAUAUCGCCGCUCCGGUAAACUUCACGAAGGAAGACUGCGACCCUUAUAGAGCCUUCCUAGAAAGCAGGAUCGGCAAUUUCCAGACUAUGAUACAGUCGGUUCAAGUGACCUUGAGGGAGAAUAUCUAUGGAUACCAAGGGAACCAGAAGAGUUGGUACCUCAAGAUCACCGUCACGGAGCCAAAGUAUAUCAGCAAAGUGCGAAGCGCUCUGGAGACUGGUGGGCAAAACAUGAAUUACAAGGGUCUUUGGACUGGUAUAGAUAAAAUUGCCACUUUCGACAAUAUCCAAUAUCUUCUGCGAUUUAUGAUCGAUACAGAUAUCUCUGGUAUGUCUUGGGUAGAGGCUAAAGCUGGAAAGUACCGGCUGCUUCAUGGCCAAGAAAGAGUAUCGAACUGCCAGAUUGAAGCGGUUGUCGAUUAUCGCGACCUUAUUGCCCACCAGCCUAAUGGUGAGUGGGCUAAAAUGGCACCUCUUCGCAUCUUAUCCUUUGAUAUUGAGUGUGCUGGACGAAAGGGUAUCUUCCCAGAACCUAAUCAGGAUCCUGUCAUCCAGAUCGCCAACGUUGUGACUCGAUAUGGAGAGUCCAAGCCUUUCAUCCGGAAUGUGUUUGUUUUGGAUACAUGUAGUCUGAUUGUCAACACACAAAUCCUGGAGUUUGAAAAGGAGGAGAAAAUGCUUAUGGCUUGGCGCAACUUCGUGGAGAAGGUCGACCCUGACGUGAUUAUUGGAUAUAACAUUGCAAACUUCGAUUUCCCUUAUCUUCUCGACCGAGCGAAACACCUUAAAUGCAGUGGUUUCCCUUACUGGACGAGGUUGAACGGAGUUAUGUCUCAGGCCAAAGAAACGAACUUCUCCAGCAAACAGAUGGGCAACCGCGAUACAAAGGCGACAAAUACCAACGGAAGAAUUCAACUCGAUCUCCUUCAAUUAGUCCAAAGAGACCACCAGUUAAGAAGUUAUACAUUGAACUCAGUGUCGUACGAAUUUUUGGGUGAACAGAAGGAGGAUGUUCACCACACAAUGAUUACCGAGCUCCAUAAUGGAACACCCGACUCAAGACGACGUCUUGCUGUCUACUGCCUGAAGGAUGCAUACUUGCCCCAAAGAUUAAUGGACAAGCUUAUGUGUCUCGUUAACUAUACGGAGAUGGCAAGAGUCACAGGCGUUCCGUUUAAUUUCCUUCUCUCGCGAGGUCAACAAGUCAAAUUCAUGAGUCAGCUAUUCAGGAAGGCCCUGGAACAACAGUUAGUCAUUCCCAACUCAACGCCGGAAAGUGAGCAAGAAUACGAAGGAGCCACUGUUAUUGAGCCUGUGCGGGACUAUUAUGGUAUUCCUAUCGCAACCCUGGAUUUUGCGUCCCUGUAUCCAUCCAUCAUUCAAGCUCAUAAUCUUUGCUACACCACUCUUUUGAACAAAAAGGCUGUCGAAAGGUACAACUUGAAAAAGGACGAAGACUACAUCGUGACGCCCAAUGGGGACUUGUUUUGCACUGCCAAGGUUCGCAAGGGUCUCUUAUCACAGAUUCUGGAAGAAUUGCUUGCAGCAAGAAAGCGAGCGAAAAAGGAGCUUGCGACUGAAACAGACCCAUUUAAGAAGGCAGUCUUGAAUGGAAGGCAGCUUGCUCUCAAAAUCAGUGCUAACAGUGUUUACGGCCUUACAGGUGCGACGGUUGGAAAAUUACCAUGUUUGCCUAUUGCCAGUAGCACAACUAGUUAUGGACGUCAAAUGAUUGAAAAAACGAAGCAGGAAGUGGAGGCACGAUAUACUAUUGCUAACGGAUACUCGCAUGAUGCAAAAGUUAUUUAUGGUGAUACUGAUUCGGUCAUGGUUAAGUUCGGUGUCACAGAGCUCGAGGAAGCUAUGAAGCUUGGACAAGAGGCAUCCGAAUACGUCUCGUCAAAGUUCCUCAAGCCGAUUAAACUCGAGUUCGAAAAGGUGUACUGGCCGUAUCUCCUGAUCAACAAGAAGAGAUACGCUGGGUUAUACUGGACAAACCCUAAGAAAUAUGAUAAGAUGGACACCAAGGGUAUCGAGACAGUUCGUCGUGAUAAUUGUUUACUGGUACAAAAUGUGAUUGAGACGGUCCUACACAAGAUCUUAAUCGACAGAGAUAUCGAUGGUGCUCAAGAAUAUGUUAAGGAAACAAUAUCAGAUCUUCUCCAGAACAAGAUCGAUAUGUCGAAGCUUGUGAUCACAAAAGCUCUCUCGAAGUCUGACUAUACAGCCAAGCAGGCGCAUGUGGAGCUUGCCGAACGCAUGAAAAAGCGCGAUGCGGGUUCUGCCCCUACGCUAGGUGACCGUGUUGCAUACGUCAUUGUCAAAGGUGCUGGUGGUUCAAAGAACUACGAGAAGUCGGAAGACCCUAUCUAUGUUCUUGAGAACAAUAUCCCUAUCGAUACAAAGUACUACCUGGACAACCAACUUGCAAACCCUCUUGGUCGUAUCUUCGAGCCUAUUCUCGGCGAAAAGAAAGCUCGCCAGCUUCUUACCGGAGAGCAUACACGUUCCAUCUCAGUAGCCGCACCCACCAUGGGUGGGCUUAUGAAGUUUGCAAAGAAAACUGCAACUUGCAUGGGUUGCAAAAAACCCCUUUCUGGCAAGGCUGAAAUGGCUGGUGCUGUCUGUGAACACUGCAGACCUCGGCUUGGGGAGCUGUAUACGAGAUCAUUAACGAAAGUGUCAGAUCUUGAGGUUCGCUUUGGACGACUUUGGACGCAAUGCCAGCGCUGCCAGGGCAGUUUACAUUGCGAAGUCAUCUGCUCUUCUCGGGAUUGUCCGAUCUUCUACAUGCGCAUGAAAGCGAAGAAGGACGUGGAAGAUUCGCAAAAGGAGCUUGCUCGGUUUGAUUUUGAUGCUGGUGCAUGGUAACUCUCCUGUUUCUGGGUAUAAUUAGCGGUAGCUUGUGUAAC